UUCUCUUUCUCCUACACGGAAGUGCUGUUCCCAGAGUGGCUGCUGCCACUACUGACACUACUGACACAAUGAACUGGGUGCUGGCUGCCUCUGUGCCCAUGUAACGCCUCAAGCCUCCCUCUUGGCACCCACAGACAUGGCUGAGCAUGAAGACUGGAAAGCCUCCCUGCGGCCGUAUUACUACAGCAAAUUCUCUUUGUCCUUCUACUCCACCUUAUUCUCGCUCAUAGGCCUUGUGAUCCUGUGUAUUGGCAUUUAUGCUGAGAGUGAAAGACAGAAACACCGAACCCUAGAGGGCAUCUUCCUGGCACCGGCUGUCAUCUUGCUUCUGCUUGGCAUCAUAAUGUUUGCGGUCUCCUUUAUCGGAAUGGUUGGAUCCCUUCGAGACAACAUACUGCUGGUAAAAUUAUUCUUCUGGGUGCUUCUAGCCAUCUUCCUUAUUGAGCUCCUGCUGAUAAUCAUUGAACUUGUGUUUGAAAAUCAGAUGAAAAAAUUUGCACAUGCAAACAUCUUAGUGGGAAUGCAGCAGUAUUACGAUGACUUGGAUUUUAAGAAUAUUAUGGACUUUGUGCAAGAAAAGUUUUCUUGCUGUGGAGGCGAUGAUUUUAAAGACUGGAAAGUGAAUCAGUAUCAUUCGUGCAACAGCACCGGGCCCUUGGCCUGCGGAGUGCCUUACACGUGCUGCAUAACAGGGAAGGAGUCUGGAGGAGUGAAGAACACACUGUGUGGGUACCAGACCCUGGAUAAAGAGAGACUGGAAGUCCACAGUAUUAUCCAUGUGAGAGGCUGCAUCCAUGCCGUGGGCCUGUGGCUCGGUGAUAACUAUGGCGUGACAAUUGGAUUAGUAUUGGCUUUGCUUGCACCCCAGGGUCUUGGAAUUGGCCUGUCCUAUCUUUUUUGGCAGAAACUGAAUGAUAUUUGCUCAUUUGAUGAUGUGGAUUUCAGACUCCUGAAGAAAUAUUCAUUCAAGGAUCUAGAUCUAAAUGGUGCUGGGUGGUGCCUGUGCCUUCCUCGUGAGGAUGGAUACCUCCCUGUUGAUCAGGGCAGUGAUAAUGCUGGAUUUCAACUAUGAUAAUGAGAAAGUAGCUGCAGAUAUGUGUCAGCAUUGCUGGGGGGACUGAGUUUAGUACUAGUAAAUACUAGAUAUUCCCUUAAACUCUGACUAAGUAAGAUAUAUCGGCUCUGAACAUUUCAAGGAGGUGGAGGAGACAGAAGGUGCAUAUGCUGGAAUCCAAACCUCAGGUGAUAUUAUCAUAUAGGCAGCACCAAAAUUAUCCUACUCAUGCAGUUAAUAAAUGGCCUUUACAACUCCAAUGGGGAACAUGCGUGUAUAACAUGCAUCAGCCAUAGUUAUGUAACUUUCUCCAAUUGCCAAGAACCAAGAAGAGUAUCUUCUUUUCAACUUACAUAUUAUGUGUUUACAGUGCUGGCUUUCUGUUACCUAUGGGGGACAAUGUUUUGGUUCCAUGUGCCAUAGAGAGAGUAGCUCAAUCCUUUAAUCUAGGGAAGGAAGUUGCUUGAGGUUGGUAUUUUUGAGUUCUUACUGAAGUGAUAUGAAUCACAAGGCUGUGAUUGGCUGAUGAGCACCCUUUGACUUUAUGUCCUUUACAAGUUGGUAAAAUCCUAGUUUUAGAUACUGUAUUUUCUAUUUGUUUUAUACCUUCCUCACCCAACAUAAUUUUACAUGGUGAAAAUGGACCUAAAAUAAGCUAGGUUAGAAGAAGACUGACUAGUUAAACACUGUACUUGUGUUGUUCAUACUGUAGAACUGAGACUGACACUUAAGUGCUCCUAUGAGUACACACUGUAGUAGAUAUGUAAGUUUUUCACUAUUCCCCCCAAGUGCUCUAUAUUUCUGUUCUGUAUUGUGAGUUGCAUGAAAAUGGGAAACUGACAAAUUAGAAAAUAAUUCAAAAGAAAUGAUGCUUUUUGUUAUGCCACGGGGGGGGGGGGGGGGGGGCGCUGCCCUGCCCCUAGUACUACUUACAUAUAUCAAGUGUAGCACUUAGGAGGAGUUUGCCAUUUUAAAUGUUGUGCACUUAUGUAGAGUUUUUAUUUCUAAUUUAAUGUAGUUUUACCAAAUUAGUUUCUCUGUUUAGCAUUUGUUUACCGUGUGUUUGUUAACAUAAAGUAGGCAGGCUGUAUGAGUUAGCCCUGGCUAAUAGCAGCCUCCCUUCAGGAAAACAAUCGACAUUGCCAUGUGAGUUAUGGCUGCCGACAUUCAUGUCCUUUCCUACCUGCCCUAUAGAGUAACCUGCGCAUGGAGGAUUCAGUCAGUCGACACUGCCCAUCUUUGGAACCAUUGCGGUGCCUUCAGGUUAUGUUAUGCUGUGCCUCCAUGUGAAGAAAGUAAGCUUAUACUCAUAAAAUUCCUGUUGUGCUGGAACAUAACCAUAAAACUUUUUAUACAAAAAUUAUAAACUAUAUUCACAUGUAUGUGAGUUUUAUACACAAUCAGCAUGUGAUAGAUCUCUUUUCAAUUUGCAAGCCAAAUCUGGAGUCUGACUAUAGCUGUACUGUAGCGAUACAUUCCACCCCAACCAUUGCUCCAGCGCCCAGUUGCAUUUAAUAGAUGCGCCAUAAGUUAUAAUGGUGACACUGCUCAGUUGAAAUCUGUUGUGCAUUUCUAGCAAAAACUGUGUUGCUAUAUAGGAGACUCCCUGUACAUGACACCUUUUGGCCAGUACAUCCAUGUCUUCUUGCAAUUGGCCAAACACAAAACAUCUACAGCGAAAAAAUCCAGACUGUCCCUUAUUGUGGCUGCUGUUUCAUUGGCAAAUGCUUAGAAGCAGAGGCCAAUGAAAGGGAAAUGUUAGGGCCCUUACAACAUAAAGCUAGGAUUUGUGUAGGCAUACUGACAUGAUCCUGUUAAAACCGGAAUGAGUCAUUAUAACUUGACUAAACUAGAUUCUAAGGGGGUGUUUGGAGUGCACCCACCCUGUACUGUUAUUAUCCCUAGACAUAAAGCCACUAAGGGACAUAACCAAGGGUGCCUCAUAUAAAGCUACAAGGAGCAUAGGCCAAAUAGAUGGAACCACUAAAUGAACCAUAAUAAAGAAUAACCCCACUGGUUUGUGCUUUUAAGUGUAUCACCGUAAUCUUUCAUCAUAGUUAUAGCCCUGAUCUACGCACAGAUCGAUAGGAGAAUCUAAAUGACAUAUAAAUAUGGCAGCCCUUCAUUAGAUACAAUCAUGUGCAUGUCAGAGAAAAUACCAUUUGUGUGAAUAAAACCUUUGUAUGGGAAUGCAUUGUGUGGCAAAAAGGUUCUAAAAUGUAGCAUUGUGUCAUUUUUUAUUGUUUUCUGUUUAAUGGGACAAUUGUACCAUAGAGUGGUAUGGAGUAUACACAAAUUGUUAGUGUACCUAGAAUAGACAGAAUUGGGGGGGCUGUAAGGUCAAUACUGCGUUUGUUCAUGCUAAAUACUUGAGCUUGGUGCAGAGGUUAAGGCCAAGUAGCAACAUUCCGGGUUUAUUAACCUCUCCUUACCAAAGGGACAAAUACCUUAUCACAAUGCAAGGGAUGAUUAUAGCGCAACAUUUAGUUUGAAGCUUUUUUUUAUUUGUAUAAUGAGUUAGAUUAGAUUUAAUUUAUUUGUUGAACAGUGUGACUUACAUUAGGUACCUUUUUUAAUGGAGGUAUUUUUAUGGAUACAAUUUUUUUACAAUAAAAAUAAAUGAAAGAA